GCUCUGCACAGCACUGACCAUGAGACACCAGACAGUGUGAGUGAGAGGAUUUUAUUCAAUAAGAGUCCAGCUCCCUGCACAUCAAACUCUGGUUGUAGGACAGCGCCAAGUGAUCUAGUAUUCAUACUCGAUGGAUCAUGGAGUGUGGAUGACAUAAACUUUGAGAUUGUCAAACGGUGGCUGGUAAAUAUCACCAUGAGCUUCAACAUCGGUCAGAAGUUCACCCAGGUUGGGGUGGUGCAAUAUAGCGACGACCCCUUCUUGCAUAUACCCCUAGGAAAACAUUUCUCAAGUAGUGACCUCAUCAAGGCCAUGGAGUCCAUAGAAUACAUGGGUGGGAACACAAACACAGGGAAGGCCAUCAAGUUUGCCAACGACAAACUCUUUGCCUUGUCUGAGCGAGGUCCGAAUGGCAUUGCAAAAAUUGCUGUUGUUCUGACAGACGGGAAGUCACAAGAUGAAGUGCUGGCAGCUGCAGAAACUGCGAGGAAAAAGGGGAUAAUUCUCUUCGCAAUUGGCGUUGGUUCUGAGACCGAGGAGGCAGAGCUCAGGGCCAUUGCCAACAAACCAUCAUCAACUUAUGUUUUUUAUGUGGAAGACUAUAAAGCUAUUGUAAAGAUCCGUGAAGUAAUUAGGCAGAAGCUGUGUGAAGAGACUGUAUGUCCAGCAAAGAUUCCAAUCAAUUCUCGAGAUGAGAAAGGAUUUGACAUACUCCUCCAUCUCAACUUGGCUAAAAAAGCUCAAAAGACACAAGGAUCUUUUUAUGGCAGCAAAGCCUACCAGGUGACAUCCCGAGUUGACCUGAGUGAGAGCACUAGGAUGUUAUUUCCAGGCGGACUUCCACCAUCCUAUGUUUUUGUGGCCACGCUGAAGUACAAAGGCUCCGUGGUUAUGGAGGAGUGGGAUCUAUGGCGGAUACAGACUAAGGAUGAAAAGCCUCAAAUGGCUGUUACUCUGAAUGGUCUGGACAGAACAGUGAUGUUCACCACCACCACAAGCAGCACACCAAGCGGAACUCAAACUGUGGUCUUCACUAAAGCACCUGCUAAGAAACUAUUUGAUGAAAAAUGGCAUCAGCUGCGUCUUCUAGUGACAGAGGAAGACAUCACUCUGUAUGUUGAUGAUUUGGAAAUUGAAACCUUGGCACUGGAGCCUCCUGAUGGUAUUUUUAUCAAUGGAAAAACACAGGUUGGGAAGUACGUCAGCAAAGAAACAACUGUACCUUUUGAAAUACAACAACUCAGAAUCUACUGUGACCCUGAGCAGAAUAACAGAGAAACUGCCUGUGAAAUACCUGGAGUUGAUGGAGAGUGUGCUAAUGGACCAGGUGACAUUGAUCACUCCCCAGAGCCAUGCAUCUGUCCACCUGGGCCACCUGGUGCCCCAGGAAUUAAGGGAGAACAGGGGAGAACAGGAGAUCCUGGUCUACCUGGCUCAGCAGGUGCUGAUGGUAAGCCUGGUGUCCCAGGUUUUAGAGGAAGUCCUGGCAUUCAAGGCUCUCCUGGAAUGCAGGGGCCACGUGGAGCUGAUGGACAUAAGGGGGGGAAAGGAAGUCCUGGGGAAACAGGUGACAGCGGUAUCCCAGGUUUACCCGGGCCACCUGGCAAACCAGGUGAAAAGGGGUCUACUGGCAAUCAAGGCGCACAAGGACUACCAGGCAAAGAUGGACAAAUGGGUGAAAAAGGGAGUAGAGGCCCUGCUGGUCCACCUGGAUAUCCAGGAGAGCUUGGAGCACCUGGCAGGGAUGGGAAAGAUGGAAUUCCUGGAGGAAUUGGUCUAAAGGGAGAAAAAGGGAGUAGAGGCCUUGCUGGUCCACCUGGAUAUCCAGGAGAGCUUGGAGCACCUGGCAGGGAUGGGAAAGAUGGAAUUCCUGGAGGAAUUGGUCUAAAGGGAGAUCCGGGACCGCCUGGAAUUCCUGGAGUAGAUGGAAGAGAGGGACAUCCUGGAGAUCCGGGACCGCCUGGAAUUCCUGGAGUAGAUGGAAGAGAGGGACAUCCUGGCAUACCUGGUAUACCUGGAAAUGAUGGUCAGAGGGGAAUGAAGGGUGAAGCUGGCUUUUCAGGAUCAAAAGGAGCCAAAGGUACACCUGGAGACCCUGGUGAGAUGGGAUUGCCUGGAAUGCCUGGUUCAAGUGGACAACCUGGCCCUAAGGGCACUAAAGGGAACAGUGGAGAGUCUGGUCAACCAGGACCUCCAGGACUAGAGGGUAAGCCUGGAGAACCUGGGGCAGCUGGCCAGCCAGGACAUCCAGGAAUGCCAGGAUCACCAGGACAGAAGGGUCAAAGAGGAGAUGCUGGUGAAAGACCAAUAGAUGGGAUGAAAGGUGAAAAAGGAGACUCUGGGCGACCUGGUGUUCAUGGUUUACCUGGGCAAGCUGGGCAGAAAGGAGAGAAAGGGACAGCAGGAGAGCCUGGUCAGAGGGGUCAGUUCGGCCAUCAGGGGCUCCCUGGACAGCAAGGACAGACAGGACCCUCAGGGCCCAGAGGACAGAGCGGAGAAAUAGGCCCCCCAGGACAACCUGGACCUGAAGGCCGACCUGGCAGAGAGCUGUCUGAGCAACAUAUUCAGCAGAUUUGCAGAGAUGUCCUUCGAUCUGAGAUUCCUGCUCUUCUAUUGAGUAGCCAACACAAUCAUCACAGAAGCUGUGAAAACUGCUACACACAGGUGGGACCCCCAGGGUCUCCAGGGCCACCAGGUCCUCAUGGCUCUCAAGGAUUCCCGGGUUUAUCUGGUUCUAAUGGGCUGCAAGGUCCGCGGGGUUUACCUGGGCGGCCUGGCGGCCCUGGCAUGAAAGGUGAUCCAGGAGAAACGGGUGAGAAAGGAAAUCAAGGACGGUCACAAAUUGGAGACCCAGGUCUCCCAGGACCACCAGGUCCAAUGGGUCCACCAGGGGUCGGAAAACCAGGCCACCCAGGUAAGCCGGGCCCACCUAGUCACAACGGCGAGGAGGGGAAGAGGGGGCACCCUGGCGAGCCCGGUCAGCCAGGCGUGUGUCAUCCUUCCAUGUGCUACGGCGCAAUGUUGCGAAGAGAUCCUUUCAGUAAAGGGCCAAACUAUUGACAGAGCUUUGGCUGAAAUGCAGACAGUCUGGAUGCGGUGCUGCUCAGUGAAUGAAAGAAAACAAUAACAGCGAAUCUUUCCAAUCUCAGGAUGAUCAAAUUUUUCAAGAGUGUUUCUCACUCAUGGACACAUGAAGUACCUCUUAAAGUGUAGAUAACAAGAUGAUGUUAUCAUCUACAUUAUCACCACCGAUUGUCCAUGACUCAGUCCAACACUUGUCUUUCUGUGUCACAAGCUGAGAUGUGCCAUGAUUUAUUCACGCUGUUUGUCAUGUGGCAUGAAACGCAUCAGCUGAAUAUUUGUGAAAACAUCCAGUGUGAGGAGUUCUACAACACUCGCAGUGGAAGUUCUACCUAGAUAUCGACUUUACUUCCUCAAUCUCUUGCUCCCCCAAGUGCCGUUCAUCCAUCACCAGCCAAUCAUCUCGUCGUAUUUAUGAUGCUAGAUUUACUGUCUAUUUUGCAUUUGUGUUUCUUUUUGGUCAGAUGUUUCUUUUGCUGCUUGCAAGCUUUUCAUGGGAGGUGCGAGAGUUCUUUUGUAACACUUUAUGUUUUCUUUCCUAUAUUGACGUCUCUCAGACAUCCAUGAUAAUUAUUGUCCAUUUAGGUAUUACUACAAGGGUUCCCACAUCUUUUGACCAAUUAAUUUCCUUGUUGUUGU